CAUGCCGGAGCUGAAGUUUUACUGCAUUGCAUUGCUCGCGGUCUCGUCUUCGCUCUGAAGCAGAGUGUAAUUCUCCUGUUCACCUUAAGGACGUGUUCCUGCCCGAGCCCCUCAGUUCCCAAAGAGCUGCGAGGAAUGCGGAGCGCAGCGCGAGCUCUAUUGCUCCGUCCAGCAGUCCUACCGCAGAAUUACAUAUUUCACACGUCUGGCGGAUUCAAUUAACAUUCUGGCUGUCGAGUCCUCGCUACUGUUGGGAAACUCGAUGAUGCAGGGCCAAGGAAUGAUCGCGGAAAUCCCAAGACAAUGAAGACGGUUGGAUUUAUGUGAUUCUGUGUUUUUGGGGGGCUAAGUUAGGGGCUUUUCCGGUGGAAAUUAUUAUCCAUAUUUACAACAGGGCUGUUUAAGGGAAGACCCCCGUUACAAUGUCUUCUCAGACUACAAUCGUGGAGCAAUGUGGAAGAGAGAUGCUGGGAUGAACAGGGUCGCCAUGGGGAUUUUGCGGCUGGUGCUGCUGGCUCUCCCGGCCUUGCUGUGGCAGGCAAGCGUGUCUCUGGGCGCGGCGGAGAAGGUCCCCAUACUGAACAUUGCGGUCAUCCUGGGACGGACCCGCUACAUUUCGGACCGCGAGAUCCGGGCCCUGUGGACCAAGGACGACCCCAUCGACGUCAACCUGGUGACGCUAAUGGCGAACGAGACCGACCCCAAGAGCAUCAUCACCCACGUGUGCGACAUAAUGUCCGGCACAAAGAUACACGGCCUGGUCUUCGGGGACGGGACUGACCAGGAGGCCAUCGCGCAGAUUUUGGAUUUUAUUUCCUCCCAGACUCUCAUACCCAUCCUGGGGAUCCACGGGGGCUCGUCCAUGAUCAUGGAGGACAAGGUCUGGAGCAGGCCUGAGCCCAAGUGCCCUGGCCGAGCGGUUGCCACGGUAACCGCCAUGUCCUUAAAGGGGGUGUCGUCCCGCGGCUGA